GGAGCUCCAGUUGAGCGCACCCGCCCUUGAUGAUGACGACGCUACCCCGCCUCGUCUUCGCCUUCACUGUUGCUCUCCCGUCGUUGGUGUUGCUGCUAGCUGCUGCCGCUGCUGCUGCUGGUGGCACUGAGCAACAAGCAGGAGGGAAGACGGAUGGCAACAACUCUGACCUGCGCUUUGUGUUUGUCAAGACACACAAGACAGGGUCAUCCACGUUGAUGGUGCUGUUGGGGCAGGCCCUGGAGAGGCGAGGCCUGUACCCGGCCUUUGGCGACGACGGCCAUGCCAUCUGCAGCACGUGCAUUGGGUGGCCCGACAGCUUUGUUGACCCGGAACGACAGCUGUACGGCGCAGACAAGCUCAACUUCUCCGCCUGCAUCUCGCACAUGCGGUUCACGGCGGCCUCCCAGGCCAUGGUGCAGCGGUUCCUCGGCGAAGACGUGCCCACCUUCUCGCUGCUGCGCGACCCGUUCAAGCGCCUCAUCAGCGCCCUGCGCUUCUUCCUGCCCAUUGAGCUAAGGGAGGCCGGCUUUGACCUCAGAUACAUGACCGACAGCGAAGUGAACAGGCUGUUUGACCUCAUGGGCAACCGCACCUUUGCGCGGACGCUCUCCACGACAACACGCGCGCAAACGAUGCUCAGCUACGCCUUUGACUUUGGCAUCACGGACAACCCCUUCCUGGAGCCGGCUGCAUUCGAGGAAGCCUUCAAUGCCGCACAGCGACGCAUCAGCCUGGUCCUGCUGACAGAGGAGUGGUACAUGUCCAUGGCCAUGCUGCGGCGGUACAUUGGGCUCGAGUUUGAGGACAUGGUGUGGAACGACCAGAAGCGGUGGCAUGCGCCCGUGCCCGACAUCUCAGAUGCAACAAAGGCACGCGCGCGCGAGGUGCUGUGGAUGGACUACAGGAUAUACGACCACUAUCGGACAGCGUUUAGCGCGCGCAUCACGCCCGUGCUUCAGUUGGAAGCGCAGGUGAUCCAGAGCACACAGGAGGCGUACGUGCGCCGAUGCCAAGCAGUGGUCUCCGCGUGCGUUCCACAAGAGGACGACUUGCCCUUUAUGCAUCGUCGCUACAAGGAGAAGAACGCAGCCAACGGGGUACCGUGUAAUGAGCACGUGCGCGGACGCUGGUGUGCGUAGUAUACACAGUAUGAGAGAGAGAGCUUGUGUGUGAGUGCAUGAAUGCAUGUCGGCGAGUGUGUUAUUUGCGUGAGAGUGCGUGUGUGUAUGCGUGCUUGCAUGUGUGCGUGUGAGAGUGCGUGCGUGUGUGCGUGUGAGAGAGUGUGUGUUUGUAUGUAUGUGUGCGUGAGAGUGCGUGCGUACGUGCGUGCGUGCUUUUCUCGGCUUUAAUCUUCGCGUGUUUUCGUGCAUGUAAUCGCAAUCUGUACACAUGUGUGCGUGUGUUACAUGUCGUCAUAUCUACGCGUGACCAUUGCCCUGCUGUGAGUUUAUUGCUGACUGCGCAUGCCAACACGCCACGGGUGUCUCGCCCUGCGCGACCCGUUACAUUGUUGGUGUUGUCCAUGAACUCAUUUUUCAUAUCAUUCCCGUUUUGUUACAUUUGACCCCAUGCUUCCCCUCCACCCUCAAACUCGGUCAGUCACACCUUUUGUAGUGUUGCAAUGGUGUGACAUGACGACAAGGGCAAGACAUCUUCCUGUAUUGAAUACUGCGACGACAAAGGCAAUUGUAACAUCAUGAC